GGCUUCGUUUAUGCCUCCGUCUUCAGAAUCUCCAUCUCCAUCAAUGAUGAAUGAUUAUCAUGCUGUGUCGCCAACAGUACUUCCACACGUGUGUUCUCUGUGUAAAAUAGAAUGUUCAAGUAUGAUGGGCUGGAAUCUGCACGUGGGCAGUAUUCACACUUCAAGAAAUGUGAUGAGCUACGCCAACGGUAUCCUGACUGGAAUCCAGAAGAAUUUUCUUUGUUACAGAGACAUGAAGGCGACAAGAAGGAAAAACAUAUUCCAAUGCCAUGCUCUACCAGUUCUAACCCAAACACUUCACAGCACUCAAUUCCUGGCCAUGCCUCAAGUCAGACUCGGUCACGAUCUAGGAGCCCUGGACCCCACAGCAGAAAACGGUCACGAUCUAGGAGCCCUGGGCCCCACAGCAGAAAACGGUCACGAUCUAGGAGCCCUGGGCCCCACAGCAGAAAACGGUCACGAUCUAGGAGCCCUGGGCCCCACAGCAGAAAACGGUCACGAUCUAGGAGCCCUGGGCCCCACAGCAGAAAACGGUCACGAUCUAGGAGCCACAGACAUAGGUCCAGGUCUUCAGAGCGACGAAGCUCCCCCAGCUCAAGUUCUCAAACCUCGGCUAGCCAGAAAAGAGAACUGAGAAAAUCAACUAGAUCUCCAGCAUCGUCUGCAGAAGCAGGAAGCUCCAGGAAACCUCCAGCCAAAUCUGAUGCGGCAGAACAACCACCCAAGAAGUCGGAGCAUCCACUGCAGACAAAUCCUGGCCACCAGGAGCCGCCCAAGAAGGAGGUCGCAAUGCGGGAACAAGGAGACCAGCAACUUCCAUCCAAAUCUGAUGUGGCAAAACAACCACCCAACAAGUCUGACCAGCCACUACUGACAAAUCCCGGCCAUCAGGAGCUGCCCAAGAAGGAGGCAGCAACGCAGGAACAAGCAGACCGGCAACCUCCAGCCAAAUCUGAUGUGGCAGAACAACCACCCAAGAAGUCGGAGCAUCCACUGCAGACAAAUCUCGACCAUCAGGAGCUGCCCAAGAUGGAGGCAGCAACACAGGGACAAGGAGACCGCCAACGUGAAGAUCAUAUGCGCUUUUCAUUGACACCAUUUGUAGAACAAAGUGUCAUGCAGGCCCUGUCGCUGCUGCAGCCUGGAGGCACAGUGGGUGCUGGACUCACCCAAGGAACAAGCUUGCCCCCACUUCCUGCUUUGCAGAUCGAGGCAGCAUCCCUAUCCCUUGUCUCCAUGAUGCAGCUUGUUGCAACACAGGUAUUGCAAGCUGCCUUAAGUGUGCAGGAAAGCCCAAGUGUGGCUGGCCCAAGCCCCCAGUUAAGUAUUCCUGCAGGAAGCGAAGAAAAGAAGCAGGAGAGCAGUCAGGAAGUGGUGCCAGGAGUCGUUCCUCCUUGCUCAGGUUACCCCGUGAUUAACAUAUGGAUCGUGGGACACUAUAUCACCCACUGGGCCUUUGUGCGUGCCACCAGUACCUGCUUGGGUAGCUGCCUGGGGCUUCCUGAAAGUUUCAGUGUUUCCUGGGUCACAAAGUGUGACAUGAAAUGGGAGGAGUUUAUGCCAAUCGUGAUGGCCAGAGCUGCCUUUCAUGGCCCCCCCAAAGCUCUGAUUGUUCAACUUGGAGACAACGACCUGGGUCUAAGGAGCGGCAAGGACCUAGCCGUAAGCAUGAUUAAGGACUUUGAUAAGCUGGCUGCUUUGUUCCCAGGCCUGACCUUAAUCUGGUCUGAAAUGCUGGUGAGGCGGCAUUGGCAAGAUUUCCCCAGCCCGCGGGGAAUCAACAAGACCAGGAAGACUAUUAAUCGUAGGGUGGCAGAGAAGGUGCAGCUCUUGAAUGGACAGGUGAUACGACACCCCAACAUUACUUACAGGCAGGAGGACUUGUUUCAUAAUGACGGCGUUCACCUUUCCGAUUUGGGAAGUGAUGUUUGGCUGGCUGAUCUCGUCAAGGGCAUUAAGGAUUGGCUGCAGGUGUGAGGGUGUUGGCAGCGAUCCUUUGGGGCUUGAGUGGCGGUUAGGCAUUGGGUAAGUCUUGUUUAUGGGAGGGGAGAUUGUAGCCUCCACCUGCCCCUCCUCGUUAAGGGUAUCCUGUUAAAGGGAUCUGGGUGUGUGGUGCCUGUCCAAAGCCUGGGCGUGGGCUAGGGCCAUGCCACAACCCCUUCAGGGACCCUGGGGGUGCCACGAUUUGAUGUAUAUCAUAGGGCUCCCUCUACCGGUGGUUUAUUCUUAGGAGGGUCCCUGCAGAUGGGCAGGAGUCAUGAUAUAGUCUUCUUUCACCCAAUGCCUAAGACAAACCGCUCACGUGUGUAACCAAUAAAGUUGUGGCCCAUUUUAUCCCAUUGACCUAAA